CCAACGGCAAUAUAAAUAACAAAAUUAGUGCAUCCGACCAUAAAGUAGCUCUCCAUGAAGAGGGUCCUAUUCCAAGAAAUCCCGGCUCCAUUUCAUCGAAGAACGCAAGGACCCAACCUAUCAUUGACUGCAAGUAAAUCAGUGCACUUGGACCAUGCGAUCCCCUCAGGCCCUCCGUAACGGCGAGAACCCCUCCCAUCACCCUCGCAUCCCUCAGUUCCACUCCACCGUGUCGGUGCAGAAGCUCCGGCGAUUCAACUGGCUCGUACUCGUCUUUCGCCUCGCCGCGUUUUGCUUCUCCCUCGCUGCAUCUGUUUUCAUGCUCACCAACUCCCAUGGCUCCGCUUCUCCGCAUUGGUACGAUUUUGAAGCCUUCAGAUUCGUGUUCGCUGCGAAUGCAAUAGUGGCCGUUUACUCUCUCUUCGAACUGGUAGCCUCUGUUUGGGAAAUCUCCAGAGGCGCCACUCUCUUCCCCGAAAUCCUUCAGGUCUGGUUCGACUUCGGCCACGACCAGGUGUUCGCGUACCUGCUACUGUCGGCGAACUCGGCGGGAACAGCGAUGGCGAAGGCGCUGAGAGGAACAGACACGUGUACGGCCACGAACGCCUUCUGCAUCCAGUCGGACGUCUCGAUCGCCUUGGGAUUCGCCGGGUUUCUGUUCCUAGGUUUUUCGUCUCUGCUUUCGGGGUUUCGGGUCGUCAGUUUCAUAAUCAACGGCUCUCGUUUUCACCUUUGAACGGAUUGGGGAAUAUUUGAGUGUUAAUCUUCUAUGUGAUUCAGAUGAUGCAGUGUGUUUUUGCGCGCGUGUGAUUUCGAUUUUGAGCCCUCCCACUUGUAAAACUCCGCUGUCCAUAACUAGAGGAGUAUUCAAUUGGGUAAUGCUAAGUUGGUUUUAUAUUUAGAUUUUUUUUUUUAUUUUGUUUUAUUUUUUAUAUUCAAAGGGAAAAUUUCUUUACAAACUCAUGUAUUCGAAUCUUAAUUUGAAAGAUAAAUUUAAUUAUUUAAGAAUUAAAGUGGUAAAA